UUUCCCCUUCCGUAUGUAAAGCGCUUUGAGUACCCAGAAAAGCGCUAUAUAAAUGUAAGGAAUUAUUAUUAUUAUUAUUUAUUAUAUAUAUAUAUAUAUAUAUAUAUACACACCACACACACACACACACACACACACACACACACACACACGCACACACAAACAAAGAACAACCCAACAUUAAACAAUAAAAAAAUAUAAUUUAAUUUUCAUUGCUUGAAAGUUUCAGGCUCUUUUAAUAGACCUUUGUCCAAACAAAAAAAUGAGGCUGUCAUCUGGCGUAUGAGUGAAAUGUCGCUUGCACAUUUACAGCUGCUGAUGGGACGGCAGCUGCCGCCCUUCAACUAUCUCAGUUAUGAGUGUGUGUGACAACAAUUUCAGCCCACAAAAAGUCCCUCGCACACAUACAUCACUUCCUGCAGGGUCACAGAGCAGCAGUUUUACGAUUCAGCGACCUCAAAGAGUAUUCUGACACUUGAAUCCGUGAGAGAAAAGGAUACGAACAUCAAGUCUCGACUUCUUCGCAUUUAAACUAAAAUAGGCCAAAAUUUGAUCUGCAACUCUGCAUCUUUUUGAGGUCGUCGUGACAAACCAUGACGUUGGAGACGUUCUCACCUUUCCCCCAGCCAGACCUCGUGGUCCAGGCACUUGGCUGAAGGUGUGACAGUGCGACACAGGGUCACAUGGCUGCGAUCGAGGGGACGAACCGGUUCAAGAUCAGAGCAUGCACUUCUAUUUACAUCUCACAUAGGUCCUUCUCUCCUGACACUGAAGGCAUGCAGCCUAAAUAUAACACCUCACACAUGUAACCGCGCUCUCAGUGCAUCAUGCAGGACUGAAAUGAGAUUAAAUGAACAGCAAACAGACUCUUGCCAGAUGUUUCGCAUGAGAAAUGACCACAUAAAUCUCAGUUAUCUUCAGAAAAGAUCUCAAUGUUGUCUCAAACUGUGCUCAGAUUUGCUAAGACAACAAAUUUGCAUUCAAAAGUCAGAGAUGUCAGUAUGAACUCAAAUAUUUCUCAUCAAAUUCGCCCAAGAUCAAAGCAUCUGGAGCAUUAAGUUUAUAGCUACUGCAUGACAAUAAUUGACUCAUUUCUGUCCAUUCAUACAAAUUAAUUUUACACUGUAAAAAAGGAUUUUCUUACUCUUUUGUCUCAUUCACAUAAAAACAUUCAUUUACGCAAACAUCAGUUAUGGUAAACGGAAGCUCAUAACACAUUCUCGUGUUACGCAGCAUGUUUGAGCUUCAGCAAGAACCAGUGAGGUUCAUUCUUGUGUUACACAGCAAGUUUGAGCUUCAGCAAGAACCAAUGAGGUUCAUUCUUGUGUUACGCAGCACGUUUGAGCUUCAACAAGAACCAAUGAGGUCCAUUCUCGUGUUACGCAGCACAUUUGAGCUUCAACAAGAACCAAUGAGGUCCAUUCUCGUGUUACGCAGCACAUUUGAGCUUCAACAAGAACCAAUGAGGUUCAUUCUCGUGUUACGCAGCACGUUUGAGCUUCAGCAAGAACCAGUGAGGUUCAUUCUUGUGUUACGCAGCACGUUUGAGCUUCAACAAGAACCAAUGAGGUUCAUUCUUGUGUUACACAGCAAGUUUGAGCUUCAACAAGAACCAAUGAGGUUCAUACUCGUGUUACGCAGCACAUUUGAGCUUCAACAAGAACCAAUGAGGUUCAUUCUUGUGUUACACAGCAAGUUUGAGCUUCAACAAGAACCAAUGAGGUUCAUUCUCGUGUUACGCAGCACAUUUGAGCUUCAACAAGAACCAAUGAGGUUCAUUCUCGUGUUACACAGCAAGUUUGAGCUUCAACAAGAACCAAUGAGGUUCAUUCUCGUGUUACACAGCAAGUUUGAGCUUCAACAAGAACCAAUGAGGUUCAUUCUCGUGUUACACAGCACAUUUGAGCUUCUGCAAGAACCAAUGAGGUUCAUUCUCGUGUUACACAGCAAGUUUGAGCUUCAACAAGAACCAAUGAGGUUCAUUCUCGUGUUACGCAGCACAUUUGAGCUUCUGCAAGAAACAAUGAGGUUAAUUCUCGUGUUACGCAGCACCUUUGAGCUUCAACAAGAACCAAUGAGGUUCAUUCUCGUGUUACGCAGCAUGUUUGAGCUUCAACAAGAACCAGUGAGGUUCAUUCUUGUGUUACGCAGCACGUUUGAGCUUCAACAAGAACCAAUGAGGUUCAUUCUUGUGUUACACAGCAAGUUUGAGCUUCAGCAGGAACCAAUGAGGUCCAUUCUCGUGUUACGCAGCAUGUUUGAGCUUCAACAAGAACCAAUGAGGUUCAUUCUCGUGUUACGCAGCACGUUUGAGCUUCAACAAGAACCAAUGAGGUUCAUUCUCGUGUUACGCAGCACGUUUGAGCUUCAACAAGAACCAAUGAGGUUCAUUCUCGUGUUACGCAGCAUGUUUGAGCUUCUGCAAGAAACAAUGAGGUUCAUUCUCGUGUUACGCAGCACCUUUGAGCUUCAACAAGAACCAAUGAGGUUCGUUCUCGUGUUCAGUUGAGCUUCUGUUUAUGUUUGCUGAUCAAUGUUUAUAUGUGAAUAAAAUAUCUUCAUUAUUUUCAGUCUUACGGGUUUGGAAUGACAUGAAGGUGAGUAUAUGAUGACACAAUUUUCAUUUUUGGGUGAACUAACCAUUUAAAACACUUACUGUCUUUACACCACUUGAACACUUUGGCCAAACUCUGGAAAUAUGUCAUGAAAGUUGACAAGUUGUCAAGUGCAAAGACCACAAGUGUGGGUAUUCGGACAGGCCCAAGGUGUCCAUCGUAUGUGCGCUUCAGAAUCUCGCCGGGAGAAGUAGCAUGGGUACUUUCUACUUAGUUCUUUCUAUUUGUUGGCAUUAUUUAAUUAUAUAUCAUUUUAAUUGUACAUUUAUGAUGGAAAGAAUGUUACAGCAAGGAAAAACAAAAUAAUUCACUGUAUCAUGCUGCUUCAGUAUUUAUUGCAUGAGUAUGCAUAUUCAUAUAUCAUUAAGCCAGUCUAAAUACUUGAUACUCAGAUGAUAAAAUAAGCUUCCUGAUUGUUUGUGUGCACUGAAAGUACUUCAAUAAAAUUAGCAUUGACAUUUCAUACGAGUGUAGCAAACUAUAAAUGACUGAAAUGACCUUGUGUCUGAGUGUCUGUUAUGUGUUUGUUUUCUGUUUAAUGGCAUUGACUUUGAAUAAAUGUCUGAAUAAACAUAAAA